AUGAGCGAUCAGGCUUUUCACCUGACUGAUACUAAUGAACUUCUACGUCUACUGAUCCAGUCGGCUGGUGCUCUGGGCGAUGUCAUUGGUCUCCUCAACGCUGAUAGCGAUCCUUCGCAACUGCCUCUCGUGAAGGCAGUCAUUGGACUUGUCAAAAAUCUUGGUUUGGAUCGGGAAUGCCGUCGUGAACUUCAGAAGUUAGGCACCACUAGACGACUUACUCUCAUUCUCAAACGCGCCGAUGGCGUGUUUGAGGAAGCAACACGUCAGCGGGGUUCCAUAGUUUCCAAUUCCUCCGAACUUAGCUACAUUGAAGGUGUUCGUCUGGAGGAUCUUCUCGAACUCACCAUGGUAGCUCUUCAAUCUAUGGCAAUGCAUUCACCAGGACGGGCAGAGCUUAUUCAAGCACCGGAUGUCAUUUCUUUGAUUGUUCGGUACCUAUAUGACCAGUCGGAGUACCUUCAGCUUGCUUCCGUUAGUCUCCUUGGUGAGGUUGCUGUCACCAAGGAGGGUGCCCGAGCCAUUGAAGAACAGGGUGGCGUGGCUCGUAUAACAGAGCUGGUGCAGUCAGGCAAUUCCGCCAUUGCCACGUACAGCGCUGCUGUGCUUCAUCGCAUAGCUCAAUCGAAACCGGUGGACUAUCAACGUCGCCUCUCACAGGAACUGCGUAAGUCGCUUUUUGAUGGCGGCGUAGUUACCGGCCAGGAAGCUGCUAUUUCACGGUCAACACCAACCGGAGAGACCAACCCACUUCCGCUCCCACUUCCACGUCGUUCAUGCGCCGGUGAGACUCCGCUUCUGCAGCUGCCUGACGCACCUUGCACUCCCCUUCCUAACGGCCGCGGUGGCAGUUACGCUCAAGACGGU